UAUUGGUACUGACGUAGAGUGAGAGAACCUUUCGAGUCUUGUACUUUUGUCUCUUCGUAUUUCUUCUCUCAUAUAAUAUAUUGGGAGGUCCUUUUUUGUCCAAAUUAUUAUAGUGAGAAAUAUGGGAAGAGCACCAUGUUGUGCUAAAGAGGGGCUGCGUAAAGGUCCAUGGUCUGCAAAAGAAGACUUGUUGCUAGCAAAUUAUAUUAAGGAAAAUGGUGAAGGCCAAUGGAGAAACUUGCCCAAGAAAGCUGGGUUGCUUAGAUGUGGAAAGAGUUGUAGAUUAAGAUGGAUGAACUAUCUAAGGCCAGGGAUCAAGAGAGGAAAUUUCAGCCAAGACGAAGAAGACCUUAUAAUAAGAUUGCAUUCCCUUUUGGGCAAUCGUUGGUCACUCAUAGCUGGGCGAUUACCAGGUCGAACUGACAAUGAAAUCAAGAAUUAUUGGAACACUCAUCUCAUCAAGAAGCUCAAAAUUGCUGGAAUUCAGCCCAAAGUUAACAAAAAACAGCCCAAGAAACAACCCAAGAAAAAGCCCAAAACAGAAAAACCAAGAAAAGAACAGGACAAAAACAAAAAAAAGAAGAAAAAAGAUCAAUCUUUAGACACUCCUCAAGUUGUGUUUUUCCCAAAGCCAAUCAGAAUUUCCUCUGGAAUUUUGAGGAAUUUUAGUGUUGACGAUGUUGCAUUAUUGAGUACUUCAUGCUCAGACUCUCCUGAAUUACUGCCGCAACCGUGUCAGAUCCUCAAAAAAUGCGCUAUUUCUGAAGGAUCCGACACACAUCCAUCGAUAUUUUUGAAGAGUCCGAGCAACGUAGCUUCGCCCUCAAAUAGUUUUGAAGAAGUUGAUAAUAACAAGAAGAUUAGCAUUAUUACAAAUGAUGAUGAGAAUAUUGAGGGUAAAAUAGAAGAGGCUUCAUUUAUUCCUUGUGCUUCAAAUUUGUUAUUUGAUGAAGUUUUAGUAGAUGGAUUUUGUGAUCUUUCAAAUGACAGCAUGCUUGAGAAGGUAUAUGAAGAGUAUCUUCAGCUUAUUUCUGAAAAAUGUUAUCAUCAAGAUGAUCCAAUGUUAAUGUAGUAUAUAUAGUCAGUGCAAGUAUUUAGUGUUCACCAAUGUUAAUGUAGUACAUAUAGUCAGUGCAAGUAUUUAGUGUUAAAUAUUUUGAUUCUAUUUUGUGUUCAAUGUAAAAAAAUACAAUGUAUGUCUCACUUUACGUGACACUAUUAGUGUUUGAAGAUUC